CCCGAUCUCGGUUUGCACAGAGACAAACGACAAACGACGCCGAGCCGCCAUGCCGUCAUUCAAGACAAGAGAAUCAUAACCUCUCUGUGAUAUCUACUUAUUUGUGAUUUAUAUAUAUUUCUAUCAAUAACGCUCCACUAUGACUACACCUUUGUUUGGCAUUCAUCUUGGAAACUCAUCUGGGUGUGUUGGAAUCUUCAAGGAUGGAAAAGCUGAUGUCCUGGCUAGUGACAGCGGAGAACGUCUCAUACCUGCCGUUGUCUCGUAUCGCAACAAUGAGAAGAUUGUUGGUAUGGCUGCGAAGAGUGGCAUGGCGCGGUUUGGGGCCUGCACCAUUACGAACAACAAGACGCUCAUGAACAUGAGUAUAUCAGAGAAAGAAUUAGCCGAUGCCAUCUCUCGUAGUACUUGCAAAAUUGUACCCAACGAUGAUGGAGUUCACUACGAAGUUGAGUGGGAAGGAAAAACAUCCAAGCGCACUCCUGACCAAGUUCACUCUUUGUUGUAUCGUAAACUUCAUGAAACUGCCUCAAGCUCACUACACACUGGGGAAACAACUCUUCCAGCUGUCAUUACAGUCCCUGUUAACUUCUGCUCAGCUAGCAGGAAAGAAGUAGUGCGUGCUGCUGAAGAAGCUGGGUUUAAAGCUUUACAAGUUAUUGAUGAACCUUCUGCAACACUAUUGGCGCACAAUGUCGGUCAAGUAGAUCUAAAUGAAGAAGGGUAUGCUGUUGUUUACCGUGUUGGUGGUGCGUCUCUCGAUGUUACUGUAUUCUGGUUUAACUCUGGAAUGUAUACACUUGUAACAAAUAUCCAUCAACACAACAUUGGAGGUCAUUGCUUCACUGAAGAACUAGCUAAAUUUUUGGCCAAGGAAUACUAUCAGAAAUACAAAUUAGAUGUAACAGAAAGCCGUAGAUCAAUGGCCAAAUUAAAAGGAGCUGCAGAAAUUUGUAAACAUGUUCUGUCUACUAUGCAAUCAUCCCAUUGUUUUGUUGAAUCUCUAGUGGAUGGUGUAGACCUAAGUUCAAAUGUUAGCCGUUCCCGUUUUGAAUCACUUAUUGGGCCUCUAAUUACACAGUUUUUAGAACCUGUUACAAAAGCAAUAGAGAGUGCUGGUAUUACACCUAAAGAUGUUAAAAAGGUGGUUGUUUCAGGGGGUUCUUUAAAAAUUCCUCGCUUGCAAGCAGCUUUGUCUGCUAUGGUCCCUGAUGCUGAAGUCCUUGGCCUUGGUCCUCUCAUCAGUCCUGACGAAGUUAUAGCUGUAGGUGCAGCUGUGCAAGCAAGCUUUGUGCCGAAAGGUUGGAAUGGAGACUGCAUUCAACUCUGUGAAGAUGUUAAUGCCAUUUCUCAAACAGUGGAGUUUCAGGUGGAAGGGAUGAACACAAAAGAAGUUGUUGCCCAAGCAUCCUGCCCAAUUCCUCUACGGAAGCCAUUCACUGUCACUGUCCCUGAGGGCAAGAGUGAACUCAAGUUGACAUUCAUUCAGGGCAGUCGGUCUUUAGGCCAGGCUUGUUUGGAAGGUGUUCCAGCUACUUCUUCUGUGAAAGUUGAGGUCACAAUUGGGCGGGAGGGAGAAGUGCAUGUGACCCUUGCAGACCAAAAGCUUGAAAAGAGAGUCAGUGUUCAUCUAGAAUCCAUAUCUGUUUGAAGUUGCUAUUACAAAUUAUUUCAGUGCUAUAUUCAUUCUUUGAUUGAUCCUGUGUAUGAAAUUCUUAAUUCUUUGACAUAACCCUGCCUACAUUUUUAAGUUAUUGUUACUGUCCAUAUCUAACAUCUUAGAUGGGAUUUAAUAAAUAUUAAUUGUGUCAGUACAGUGUAGUUGCAAUGAAUAUUUAGCCAACAUUUGAUCUUGGGCUCAGCUACAUGAGUAAAUAAAAAAUAAGCAGUGG